GCAACGAGAGGCACCUUAUAAACUAAAUGACUGUCAGAAACAUCGCCUCCAUUUGUAAUAUGGGCACCAAUGCCUCUGCUCUGGAGAAAGACAUCGGUCCAGAGCAGUUCCCUAUUAAUGAACACUAUUUUGGAUUGGUCAACUUUGGAAACACAUGCUAUUGCAACUCGGUGUUGCAGGCUCUGUAUUUCUGCCGGCCGUUCAGGGAGAAUGUGUUGGCGUAUAAAGUCCAGCAGAAGAAGAAGGAGAAUCUUCUCACCUGUCUGGCCGACCUCUUCCACAGCAUCGCCACGCAGAAGAAGAAGGUGGGCGUGAUUCCUCCCAAGAAGUUCAUCUCACGGCUGCGCAAGGAAAAUGACCUGUUUGAUAACUACAUGCAGCAAGAUGCGCACGAGUUCCUGAAUUACCUGUUGAACACGGUGGCUGAUAUCCUGCAGGAGGAGAGAAAACAGGAGAAGCAGAACGGACGACUGAAGAACAACGGCACUGCCAUCGCCACAGACACAGAGCCGGAGCAGAACAAAAUCGACCCAACCUGGGUUCAUGAGAUCUUCCAGGGCACACUGACCAAUGAGACGCGCUGUCUCAACUGUGAGACGGUCAGUAGCAAGGAUGAAGACUUCUUGGACUUGUCUGUAGAUGUUGAGCAGAACACUUCAAUAACACACUGUCUCAGGGACUUCAGUAAUACAGAGACCCUGUGCAGCGAGUAUAAAUACUACUGUGAGAUGUGCUGUAGCAAACAAGAGGCACAGAAACGUAUGCGUGUGAAGAAGUUGCCUAUGAUCUUGGCUCUUCAUCUGAAGCGCUUUAAGUACAUGGAGCAGCUUCAUCGGUACACUAAACUGAGUUAUCGUGUGGUCUUUCCACUGGAGCUACGCCUCUUCAACACCUCCGGGGACGCCGUCAAUCUCGACCGCAUGUACGACCUCGUCGCUGUGGUGGUCCACUGUGGCAGUGGCCCAAACAGAGGGCAUUACAUCACCAUCGUGAAGAGCCAUGGCUUCUGGCUGCUGUUUGAUGACGACAUUGUGGAGAAAAUAGAUGCGCAGGCGAUAGAGGAAUUCUACGGUUUGACCUCUGACAUUUCCAAGAACUCUGAGUCGGGAUACAUUUUGUUUUAUCAGUCCAGAGAAUGA